AUGGAUGUGUUAGACGAGAUCGAACAUGUGGCUGACGUUCGAGAAGUAAAUGCAAUACGUAAUCGUGAUCCGCGAGUGUUUCGAAAUAAAAUGGACGCUUUUAAAAUUUAUAAUGAUCGCGAGUUUCGACAACGAUAUAGAUUAACGAAAGAAUGUGCGCGUUACGUGAUUUCCUUGGUAGAAGAAAGGUUAUCAUCCCUUUCUGGUAGGAGAAAUGUUGUUACACCAACUCUCCAAAUUCUCAUCGCUCUGCGAUAUUACGCUAAGGGUUGUUAUCAAAUUGAAUUGGGAGAUUUGCAUGGUGUAUCGCAGCCAACAGUGUCUAAGAUCGUCGCUUCAGUAUCGCGAGUUUUGGCAAAUUUACUGCCACAAUUUAUAAAAUUUCCACCGCGAAUAGAAACACUUCAGCAGGAAUUUUAUAACGUAGCUUGUUUUUCUAUGGUUGUGGGUUGUAUUGAUUGUACUCAUGUACCAAUAAAAUGCCCCAACCAGGAACAAGCUGCGUUAUAUAUAAACCGGAAGGGUUUCUAUUCGUUAAACAUCCAGGUGGUUUGUGAUGCUGAACGACGUAUACUGGACAUUGUUGCUCGAUGGAGAGGCAGUGCCCAUGAUGCGCGUAUAGGGGAUUCAUGUUCUCUCAAGGACGAAUUCGAGGCAGGUAGAAUACGAGGUAUUUUGCUUGGGGAUUCCGGGUACUCUUGUAAGCCAUACCUCUUAACAUCAAUUUUAAAUCCUCGUAAUCCUUGUGAAGAACGUUACAACGCAUCUCAUAUACGGACCCGGACCAUCGUGGAGCGCUGCUUUGGUGAAUGGAAGGACAUGUUUCGCGCCUUGCGAAAUGGAAUGCAGAUCUCCCUUCGUACAGCAAAGACAGCCAUCAUAGCGAUGGCUGUCUUACAUAACAUCAGAAAAAAUUUUCAUGAUAACAAUCCGUAUGACGCGGAGUCAGAUGAGGAUAUGGAAGAUGAAAAAGAUGAUCCUGUUCUACUAAAUUCCAAAGAAUCAGUACAAUCUGGUCACAAUCUUUUUCGCCAAGAGUUCGUGCAACAAUAUUUCUCCUAA